UGCCGUACCUCCAUUUUGCAGAAGAAGAAACUAAGGUUUAGGAAGAUUGAGUGAAUUGCUCAAGGUCCUAACAGCUACGUUGGAUUAGAGGACUCCAGGGCCUAUACCUAUGCCCCACCCUGACCAGGGUUCCUUGUGAGAAAUAGCUCAAUUACAGGGACAAAAAAGCUGUGGCACCGGGGACCCAGAGGGGAAGUGGUGACGAGGACGGAAGGCCAGACCUCCUCAUGCUCACUCAUCUGUGAGAAAGAGUAAACGCGAGAGAAAGCCAACUUGGGUGGCUGAGAACAGGAGCUCUGACUGGGACCCAGGGCAGCUCCCAGACACACCACCACCAGGACUCCUCAGUGCCCGGCGGGGCCUGGAAACUCAGCCACAGACCACAGUCAGUGGCCAGACCAGACCUGGGUGAAGCUCAGCAUGCCGGCAGCCACCACACCGGCCUCGCUCUUCUAGGCUGGACUCUGCGUGGGCAAAGGCUUCUUGACAAGCCCAGCAGGAGCCAAGGGACCCACCUCAUGGAGAGACGCUGGGUGAUGGAGGCAGCCAAUGGCUGUAAGGAUGGCUUGGAUUUAGACCCCAUGAAAGAGUACAUGGUCCUGAACAGUUCCCAAAGGAUAGCUGUUGCCGUGCUGUGCACCUCUCUUGCCCUGCUAAGUGCCCUGGAGAACCUGGCUGUGCUCUGCCUGAUCCUGUCCUCCCACCGGCUCCGCAGGAAGCCCUCAUACCUGUUCAUCAGCAGCUUGGCGGUGGCUGACUUCCUUGCCAGUGUGAUCUUUGCUUGCAACUUUGUGGAGUUCCAUGUCUUCCAUGACAUGGAUUCCAAGGCUGUCUUCCUACUGAAGAUUGGCAGCGUGACUAUGAACUUCACAGCCUCUGUGGGCAGUCUACUACUGACUGCCAUUGACCGCUACCUCUGUCUGUGCCAUCCACCUACAUACAAAAUCCUACUCACCCGUGGGAGGGCACUGGCAACCUUGGGCAUCAUGUGGGUCCUCUCAGCAUUGGUCUCCUACCUGCCCCUUAUGGGAUGGACUUGCUGCCCCAGUCCCUGCUCUGAGCUAUUCCCCCUGAUCCCCAAUGACUAUCUGCUGGGCUGGCUCCUGUUCAUUGCUUUCCUCUUCUCUGGCAUCAUCUACACAUAUGGGCAUGUCCUCUGGAAAGCCCAUCAGCAUGUAGCCAGCUUGGCUGAACACCAGGACAGGCAGAUGCCAGGAAUGGUGCGAAUGAGGCUUGAUGUGAGGUUGGCCAAGACCCUGGGGGUGGUGCUGGCCGUGCUUUUCAUAUGCUGGCUCCCAGUACUGGCCCUCAUGGUCUACAGUCUGACCACCACCCUAAGCGACCAGGUCAAGAAGGUCUUUGCCUUCUUCUCCUUGCUCUGCCUUGUCAACUCCAUGAUCAACCCCAUCAUCUAUGCCCUGCGGAGUGGGGAGAUCCGCUCUUCUGCCCACCACUGGCUGGCCCACUGGAGGAAACAUCUGAGGAGACUCGGACUUGAAGGAAACAAAGAAGUCCCAAGGUCCUCAGUCACUGAGACAGAGGCUGAUGUGAAAAUCACCCCGUGGUCUGAUUCUAGAGGACUAAACUGCUCUGAAUGCUGAUGAGUUUUCACAGUUUUAAACAAGCUGAAUCAGAGUCAUUUCACUCCCUGGAGGAGCAGCCUUGACUCUAUUGUCUUACUUGAUCCAGGCCCCAGAGGCUUGCACACUUACCCCUUUUCGCUGAUGACUGAUGGCAUUGACCCUGGCAGGUAACCUGGCCAUACCUGUUUGCAUGCAGACUGUUGAAUACCUAAGCCCUGUGAGGAGUGGCAAAGUGGGCAAAAGGCUUGAGGAGGCUCAGUGCACGUUCAGGUUAGGAGAACCUCCCCUAACAAGAGGGCUUAGAGCUUGCAUCCUCCAGAGAGCGCGGGAGCCAGAUGGAGCCUUCAGGCUCAGCAAUGAGGGACUCAGAGGACAUCUGAAAAGAUGAAUGGAUUAUUUUCCCAGGAUCUCAAGAUGUCAAAUGGGAUGGCUGGCCAACCCUGUUCUUGCUUGAUUGUUGGGACUUCCUUGGUUCUAAGGCUAUAAAAGACCCCACUCUCUGG